UCAUGGGGUUUUUUUUUUGUUGCAAUAGCCCGGCGUGGGAUACAGAAGCGGCUUUACGACUGGGAUAACGGGUAUUUGUUACUUACUUGCUUGUGAGCAACAUAACAAGCUAUUCUUUUGUAAAGUUGCAAGUGCCUGUAUUGUGAGGGAACAGUGUGUGGAUUGUAGUAAUUUUGUUUGUGUCGUAAAAUAUAUAGUUUUCACCGGAUUUACUUUGUUUAUCGCCUAAAUAUGUUUCCGGAACAAAAACUAGGCAGGUACACCUAUGAGGAGUACAAAUUCACUGCUGACUGGCUGCUAGCGAAUACGGAGCACCGCCCCCUGAUUGCUAUUAUCUGUGGGUCUGGGCUCGGUGGGUUGGCUGAGAUUUUGAAGGAUCAGAAGGUGUUCAGCUACUCUGACAUUCCCAACUUUCCACAGAGCACAGUGCAUGGCCAUGCAGGGCGACUUGUUUUUGGAACCCUAAAAGGGAAAUCGUGUGUCUGCAUGCAGGGCAGAUUCCAUCUGUAUGAGGGCUAUCCCAUCUGGAAGAUAACGUUUCCAAUCCGUAUUUUCCGGUUGCUCGGUGUGGAGACGGUCAUUGUGACGAACGCAGCGGGCGGCCUGAACGAGGACUACAAGGUGGGAGACAUCAUGCUGAUCAAGGACCAUCUCAACAUGCCGGGCUUCGCUGGGAACAACCCUCUGGUGGGACCCAAUGACGAGAGGUUCGGAGUGCGCUUUCCCUGCAUGUCUGACGCCUACGACCCUGACCUCAGAAAGCUGGCCAAGACUGUAUCCGCAGAGCUGGGAUACUCUGACUUCCUGAAGGAGGGUGUGUACUGUGUGUUAGGAGGGCCAUCCUUCGAAACCAUCGCAGAGUGCUAUAUGCUCAAACGGCUUGGGGCCGAUGCAGUUGGUAUGAGCACGGUUCAUGAGGUGAUCGUCGCUCGCCACUGCGGCAUGCGUGUCUUUGGGCUCUCUCUCAUCACUAACAAGGCCGUCAUGGACUACGACAGCGAGAGCAAGGCUAACCACGAGGAGGUGCUCCAGACAGGCUUAGAGAGAGCGAGCCAGCUGGAGAGAAUGAUCUCCAGACUCGUGGAAGACAUUGGGCACAACAACAGCAACAUCUGCUGAGCAGAGAUCUGAGGGACGAGGGAGUCUGGAAUCGCAGGACUGUAGCGCAGGCCAUUUAACAUUUUAUCUGAAGUGAAGUUGCAAUGUAAACCUGCUUAUUGUGUAAUUUAUGCUAACCUACACGACUCGUGGGGCAAGUGAUUUGGUUCUGGCUAAUUUUAUAUUUUAAGUUAAUUUUUGUUAAAGAUUGAAACUUUUUUUUUGAGAAACCUAACAUC